AAAGUGCACUGUGUCACAAUUUCUCUCCUAAAAAAGUCAGGCUAUUUCCAGCACGAUCCCAAUUUAAUAAACUCUCAAGAUGGUUCUUAUGCUGUGCUGUAGUUUCGAUCCCUUCUAUGUGGGUCCCUGCCCGCCCGGCUGCCGUCCCCUGACUGGCGGUAGCCCCUGCUGCAGUCCUGGCUGCGGUCCUUGCUGCAGUCCUUGCGGUGGCUGUGGGCCCUGUGGUGGCUGCUGCAGCUCCUGUCCAUGCGGCUGGUGAGAUGCCGCUUAGUUGAGAAGCAAAUUGGUCGCAGAUCAUUGCUUAAAACCAAAGUUCCUGUUAAGAAUUGCUGGAGAAAUGUGUUACUGUUAUAAAUUUUAAUCCUUGCAGACGCGAACAACGCAAAACUCCCUACCAAACGAAAGAAUGUUUUCAGGCAAUAAACUUAAAGGAAAAACUAA